CGCAUCUUGACUCUCAAUGAAUACUGUUGAUCCUAACGUUAUUUUAAGGCCCAUGCUAAUACGUUAAAAAUGUAUUUUUUCUGUUUCAGGCUAAUCCUGCGAUGAAAAAUGCUGUAAAAACAGUUAAAGAUGGAGGGAAAAGGCAUGAAAAGUGCCUAUAAAGGCCUCAGGUCGAAACUUAAAGACAACCCGCCGCCUCAGAAUGGAACGGCUGCAAGUAGUCAUAGAUCAGCGCCAAAUUCACCCACUGGAAAACGAAGAUCAGUGGGCGCUAGUUUCGCAGCCCCUGUUGUAACAUAUAGGAAAGACGCAGCUUUGGCUCUAAGAAAUACGGCGAUGCAAAGGUCGUACUGUCCGUUGAGUCCGUCUUCGCAGCCUAUUACUCCAGACGUCCUGGAUACACCUAGAAGUAGCAGUCCCCCAAUAGAUAUUCCCAGGAUAGAUUUAAUGAACGAAAUGGUCGAUUUGUUACACUUUAAUCUGGAGACACCACCUGUUGAUCGAUCGUUGAAACCGGUGCGUAGCCUAGAAAACUUCAAAACCGCAGGCGUUGGUGCUUCGCCGCUCCACUCUCCCGGACGGCCUAUGUUCUUCCCUGCCUCGCUAGGUGGCAGCAGUAGCAGGGCUGACACUCAAACCCUCCUUCAGUCGCCACCAGAGGGCGCGUUCGGCAUAGCUAGCGAUACCGUCUCGUCACCGCCCACUGUACCGCCCAGACUCUCGGCGCCGCCUUAUCUACCUGUCAGUAGGCAUCAACAGGAACUGUUGUCAGCAAACCCGUCUUUCGUUGUGGGCGGAGGACACGAAAAUGGCGAUCCUGUUUUUUACGUGGCGGGGGGUGGCAGAGGAGGGGCAGUGGACGUGGUUAAGUUGACACCCCCUGUCUGUUCACCGAGGAGAAAGCAAAACGAAGAUACGGAAGAUCUGAUCCGCCUAGACUCGACACCGUCGGACAUAGACGACUUCGAUCCCCUGAAGUCGAAGUCUUCCCCAGACAGUACUUCUAGCAGCAACAGCACCGGUCACGUGCCUUUGAGUAUCACGAACCCCCUCUAUACCUACGAGAAUCACUCCGUCAAGCAAAAUGGCGGUACGAGCAGUACCGCCUUCCAGCGGAACGACCAGGACCUGUUGCAUGAGUAUGGCCUAGACUUCGGCUUUUCUAAUACGAAUAACCAAUCAGCGUUCGAUAUGUUCACCGGAAGCACGACCAAAGUCAAUUCUCAAGGUCAAUGGACGAAGUUCGACUGAUUGAGUGAGAAUGGUAUUGCGUUGCUAAGUAUGUGCUAGAUGUGUUAUUUGGAAUUGAUGUCAUAGGAAAUGAAACUGCUAAGGUGAGCUGGUAUGUCUUUAAAAAGAAAAAAAAUAGGAAAUUUGAUGGAAAAAGUAUCGUUGUCUUUUUCUGCAGUACCGAAUUGUUGACUUCUAAAAAGGUAGGCUCUAAACACGUGUUGCUUCUUGGCCAAUUCUUUGUUAAUUCAGAAUACGAGAAAUAACCCAAAUUAUUUAAAAAAAAUGCCGACCAGGCAUUUUUGCUGCAUUGAACGAAAUAGCGAGAUUAAAAGACCUCUAUUUUUAUUUGAGAUUAUUUAAUCUCUAGUUAUUGUAUUGUAAGUCAUGAAUAUACAAAGGCUUUUCAAAUAGUGGAAAGUAUAUCCUUCGUUUUUACCGAAAUUUUUUGUGUGAAAUUAUAUUGAUAGCAAAAUUGAAAAUUUUCCUUGAAACGUGAAAUGAAUAAAUAAGUAAUAUGUUUUCCGGUAAGGGUAGUAUAAACUACAUUUGAUAUUUGGAAACUAAAAAUUUUGUUCGGCACAUGACUCAUUGAUAAAUGUGUAUAAUGAUAAUUUCUGAUUAUUUGUUAAAACUGAUGCGUAUUUACGCGCAACUGAAGAUUGGUAUCAGGAAAACUGUCAAAAAUUAUUAAAAUUCUGAUUUUGAAAUAGAAUGUAUCUACAAUCAACCUUUGUGUAAUUGCUGUCCACUCAUAUACGGAUAUUGAAGGGAUCAGGGAUUAACAAGCCAUCAUAAAUGUCAAAAUAAUUACUCACACACGAUUUCCAUCCUCGUAUAUGGCACACAAGUACAUAGUUGCAUAGAUCGAUACUUUAUAUAUGUAGUCUUUUUCACCAGUAUCCAUUAAGGUAGAAUAACAGCCGAUAUCUAGUAAUAUUUCAAAAUUCCCCAUAUCAGCAAAGGACACAAUUCUGACGGAUCCGUCAAUGCCAGGUACACAGAGCCAUAUUUUGUUUUGUUUUUUUGUACGCUACAGAAGACUACAAACAAGUUUUACUAGAUUUACACUCGAUUCAUUAUUGCCGACGUUGCAGGCUAACACGAAACUGUCACUUGCUGAUCAGCUGUUCACCUCAGUAGACGUCAAAGCGUGAUGGAUACUCGAGAAAUCGGUUAAAGGGUGUCCCUUUUCAAUUUCUCCACCUAAAUAUUUCGAUAACUACGUCCUAGAAAAAAGUUUCAAACAAAAGUUGUAGGGUUUAGAGACGACAAAAUAGUAGUGACCUUAACAAUGACCUUCACCACCUUCAAGGUCAUAUCCAUGUUAAGCGAGUGUUUUCAAACGGAACCCGCAUUUUUACACCGGAAUUGGAAACAGGUGGAAAUUCUGCAACCAAAUAUGAUCUUGACCACAACCAUACGAGUAUAACCUUCAAUGCCAUUUCAAGGUCAAGUCAAAAUGUUCAAAGGGAAUCCCUCAUUUUUAUUCUGGAAUUGGAAAAAGCAAAACAUGUUACGCUCGAACGUGAAUUUGACCUCGAAGUCGAUAUCACGUCAAUCUUAAAUAUUGUUUGUAAGACAACACCUUGACUUUUAUGCCAAAUUUGUAGAGCAAGAAAUUCUAUAUUUGAACGUUUAAAAUUUUGACAUGACCUUGAAGAUGACAGACAAGGAUAUGAUCAACGUCUUCUUUGGAUGACCUCCACAAAGUUCACACCUGUACUGUUGAACAUUUUUGCUACAGCAAAUUAUUUUUAAUGUCUUGAUUUGACCUUAAAAGGGCCUUGAUGGUCGUAAAAUGUUCUCCUCAAACCAAAUCCGGUAUAAAAAGGGGGAUUAACAAUUCAAAAUAUUCGCGUGAUCUUUAAGGACGAGGUCAAGGUCAUAUCACUGUUCCCCUCGAAACCCUACAAAUCUUUUCUAUGAUCCGUAUGUAUCACUAUGACACGCGUGCGAAUGGUGAUUUUGACAUUCAUACAAUGGAUCGUCAGUCUCCGAUUUCUUCGAUAAUUAAAGUAUGAGACACGGUAUAUUUUAUUAUAGCUAUAGGGUUGAAAUUCAAACAGUAAUUUUAACAAGAACAUUAUUUAAGACAUUUAAAACUAAGAUUAGUACAAUGGUAAUUGAAUUUUGAUAGACUGCUGUAACCCAGUGCCACUCUAACCCAAACAGGUAUAGUAUUUCUAUUCCUAAUUGAAACAGCAGAAAACCCAAGUUGGCACAGGAGUGGGUCAAGAUUUCAGUAUUUUUUAGUUAGCACCCCACUGAUAACAUAGAGAGAUAGGAGGGUCACUAUUUAUAAUUUGAGCCUAAUAAUGAAAAAAAAACUAAAUUGUCAUUGAAAAUCACUUUACUGUUUUUCAAAAUAUUCUCCAUUAUGAUCUAUAUACUUUUUUAUGAGUUCGAACACAUUUUCCACUCCGCUUGAUAUACAGCAGACGCUCGAUAAUGUAAACUAAUUUAAUCCAAGUGUGGUUCACAUUCUCGAAAUGUUUACAUUAGCGAACGUGAUUUAUAUAAUAUUUGAUUUAUUAAAAAAAACGUACAAAUAUUCUAACAGCGAUAAGUAUUU